AUGAAAUUAGCACAAUUAAUGGACAUACUUAAACUAUAUAUUGUCUUCAAUUUAGUAAGAAUAGCAAUAGUUUUUUAUCUGCCGGUUUUGAUAAUUCUAUUUGAUGUUGGAAAUAAGUUAAUUAAAAAUAAUGGAAGAGUUCUUAAUCUUAUUUAUAGCAUACUAAUUGCAUAGAUUGCUUAAUUUUAAAUCAAUCUGAAAAUUAACUUGUUUCUGGAGGAAGAGAUAAUUCAAUCAAAAUUUGGAAAAUAGAUUUUGUUAAUAAUUAAUUAACCUAUUUUUAUUCAUUAGACAAACAUAAAAGGAACGUUUAUAGUUUAUGCUUAAAUCAAUAUGAAGAUACUUUGGUUUCUUGUGGCGAGGAUAAGUAGCUAAUAAUUUGGAAAUAAGAUAAUAAACAACAAUGGAAAUUUGAAUAUGAAGUUAAUGUCAUUGCUAGAUAGAUUUAAAAAUUAUUUAAUUUAAUUAAAAUAAUAAUAUAAAAUAAUUAUUUUAUAAUUAUUAGGAAUCAAAAAAAGGGUUAUAAAAGAAUUGGAUUUGGUCAAUUAGUAAAAUCAACAUAAAUUGAGUGGAAUAUUACUAACCAGUCCAUCCAAAACCUAUUCAACUUCUUAAGAUGGGGACAACAGUGUCUUAUGUCAUGAAUAGGGUUAUUAAGGAUAAGGACAUAGAAUCUAUAUUAAUUGA